AUGUCCAGCUACUCAACGCCAGUGGGGUCUUGCGCAAAGGCAGAUAAGUUCUCGCCACCGCACAACAGCGGCGACAUCUGGGCCAAGUCGAAACUCAAGGUGUCGUUGGGGGCCAGCAGCGGCUGUGUCGGGCAAAACGUACCACUCACAUCGACCCCUCGCGUUCAAUGCGAGGGCACUGACGCGGGGAAUGUAGAAGUGGCGGCACCACGGACAACUCGCAAGACCUGGUUUUACAUCGUCUCCAUUCUCAAUCAGUUCCAGCUCGCUCAAGUGGGCAUCCCACUCGCUGUGGAAGGUGAAGCGCCAUCCCAAUGCCCCGACAGCCCGUGCCAUGCGACAACGUUCUACUUGAGUCGGUGGUUCGGGUCGCUCUUAGUCUCGGGGAUUCGAGUCAAGGAGCUUCGAGUGCAUUAUGAUGAAACGGUGUCUGUGAGCCUCGCCAAGACGUUCAACCUCUCGUGA